CAAUUCGUGCACUUUGAUACAUUUGUCAAAUAAAUAAACAACAUUUUUGAAAUGGCGGCAGUCCAAUCUUUCGAAGAAAUUUUAGAACGACAAUGUGACAAGUUACGAGAUCUGCAGACUGCCACAAUAUUUAUUAAGAGUAAAGAUGCAAUCAAAGAAGAGCUAUUUCAUAUGCGCGCAGAAGUCUUGCAGAUGUCUGAUGGCAUCAUAGCCCUUAGAAAAAUGUUAAAUGAAGCAAGGGAACAAAAUGAUCAAUGUAAAGAACUUCUAUUGCUUAUGAAAGUGUUACAUGAUAAAAAUAUGCAUAUAGAAAGAAAUAUCCCAUCACAGCUAAUUAGCGAUUAUCAGAUCAAGGCCAAUUCCUUGAACAUCAUUCAUAAGGAAGAUUUUCCAAGAAUCUCAGAAUUACAUACUGAUAGAAACCAAUAUGAAUCUCCUAUAAUAGACUGCAAGAAAGCAUUAUUUAAUGAGGCUGAAGUUUACCCUGUAGUGCCUUUAAUAACCCAGGAUGAAUUCAGUGGAAUUCCAAAGUAUAUUAUCGGGAGGCAAUCCAUAGAUACUGUGAAUAACUUAAUAGACUGCAUAAAUCGCAUAUUAAAAAAGAAGUACACACUCCUGUCGUUGGGAAAAGCUCAUGCUAGAAAGCAAGGGGAGCUGAGUCUGUAUCUACAUUACAAGAAACAGGAAUUGUCUGUUUGCAGUGAGAAUGAAUGUGUGUACUUUUUUACCAAAGAAGAUUAUGAGAAAGAAACAAAAUCUAAGUUGAACAAAAUUAAAUUAAAUUUAAUAACAGUUCUAAGACAUUGCAGGAGAUUGAGGGAACAUAGAAUAAGGAAUGAACUGCAAUAUGUUAUAAUAACUAAGUAGAGCAUUGUUAUAUAAUAUUGUAUAAUAAUUAUUUUAAAAUAUGAUCAUAUGAAUUGAGGUGUUCUUAUUAGUUUAUUACAGAAGAACUGUUAUAUUAUAUGUAUUUAAUAUUCUAAUAAACUAGGAGAAAAUA